AUGGAGCCAUUUGCGCCGUUGUCUGCGUCGCCGUGGUUAUUAUUGGCGGCCGCGUCAUGCAUAUUCCUAAUAGUUUUUGCAUUUUUUUUUCAGGCGAUUCUUGGCGGUCACGUUUACACGACGGGGAUUUUCUAUACAGUGUUCCGGGAACAGUUUCCGGAAGCGAGCGAGGUGGCCGUCAGCUGGUUGUGCUCCAUGCCGAUCACACUGUGGUUCGUCGGAAGUCCUCUGGGUAGUGCUCUGUCAAACCGGUACGGAUGUCGAACUGCGUCAAUAACGGGAGGGUUUCUUGCGUCCACGGGGCUAACACUCUGUUACUUCACAAACAACUUCUAUCUCAUCUUUCUGUUUUAUGGCGUCGUUGCAGGUUUCGGCAACGGCAUACAUUAUGUAGGGUUCGUCGCGUCAGUGAGCAGAUACUUCAAGAAAUUCCGCACCGUGGCAAACAUUAUUACCACAAUUGGGGUGACGUUUGGAAUGGCACUGUAUGCAACCUUAGUCCCUAUGCUCAACGACGCUUUCUCCUGGCAGGGGACUUUGUUAAUAUUAGGUGGAAUUAGUUUUAAUUUGUGUUCAUUGGCAUGUAUAUUAUUUCCCAUUAAACAUAGCACUCCCAUGCCAAAAAAGAAAAUAAUGAACUUCAGUCUUCUUAAAGACAAGCAUUUCCUCCUUUUCGAUAUUCAAUGCAUUUUAUGCAAUCUCUCAAACGGAGUGAUUUUUCUCCAUCUGCCAGCUUUAAUUAUAUCAAACGGCAAAUCAUUCUCCGUCUCGUCUCUUUCACUCACCAUUUACGGAGUCUCGAACUGUGUUGCCAAGGUGAUAUACAGCGUCAUCGGGUACAUGUUCGCUCCCGAUUGCAGCGCCAUCUAUGUCAGCUCGCUAACGGUGUACGGUUGUGCUCUAAUCCUGCUAGCUACAUACCCAACUCAUAUGUGGGUCAUAUGUUUCUCGGCAAUCCUGGGAUUCACCUACAGCGUGACGGGUGGAUAUUUAGUAGAGGUUAUACUCAGCCUCGUUGGCCCCGAGAACAUUGCAGACGGAUUGGCGUUCGGUCAGGUCGGAAAAGCUGUUGGGAGUCUGCUGUGUGGGCCUUUGGCAGGAUUACUGUAUGAAUCCUCCGAAAGUUACCAGACCUCAUUCUUCGCGGGCGGUGUUAUCAUGCUACUUGGAUGUGUCCUUAUGCUGCCCGUUGCUAGGCAAAUGAGAAAGAACAACCGGUUGAGCAGUGAGUCGGAGACAGCGAUAGACUUUGAGGAAGAAAAUGACGGCGAAAUCGGUGCUGACUUGUGUGUGAAUUCGAAUAAGAAAAUGGAAAAUAUUCUUAGCUGAGCAUGCAUUUAUAUUGUGGAAGGCAUAUCAAAUGUUGUUGUCAUUGUAAUAGCUUAUAUCAGUGACAAAAUCGCAUAUGAAAA